GGCGGUUCGCCGAAAUUUAAUAUGGAAGGAUAACGAAGAAUCCUUCACUCCAAUCCUAGUUUCGGGACGUAACCAAUGACCAAAGAGGAAUGUCACACUUCAACUGGACCCUGGAGAGUGGAACCAACUACCACAUACUGCGUACCGGCUGCUACCCGUAUAUGAAGUACCACUGCAGCAAACGCGAUGUGGUGGACCUUUCGAUGGAAGACAAGUUCUUCCGCUUCCUUAAAGUGAUAAAUUUGGGCUUACCAAUGCUCUUCUAUGGACUGGCUGCCAUCCGCCUAAUAAGCCAUACAGAAAUUGUUCAUGUCAGCGAGAAGGUAAAGGUGCCAAUAUUUUUCCUGUAUGCCGAGGACAAGGGAGCAAGAUUUUAAAUUCUACUCUGACAACGGCGAAUAUAAAGUGUGACGAACAGCCUUCUUUUCUAUUUAUUUACAUAUUUAAUACAAGUUCAACACAUGCUAA